UUAAUCUUUGUCCCAGUCACUACCACCAUCUUCUGUGAAGUCAGACUAACAGUAUGUAUGUAGCUGUCUAAAGAAUGACAUUGUUCAUCCCUGAUAUGGCUGGUCAUCUGUUUUUACUCAUCCUCCUUUUCGAUACCUUCCAGUACCUCAAAGCCAAAGAUCUUCCUCAGCCCAGUCUAACAGUGAUUCCUGCAGUCAUCAAAGAGAGAGACUCAGUUCAGCUGAACUGUCAGACUCCUCCAUCAGUCUCUGAGUGUUACUUCAAAAUAGAGGGGAAAGUGGAAUUCACCCUUCCAUCACCCUGUCAACAGACACUCACAGGAACACUACUGGUGAGGUGGACAGGUCAGAGUUCACCAGCUGAGGUCAAAAUACAAUGUCAGUACAGUGCUACAGGUUCACAGUUUAGAUCCCUAUACAGUGAGCCGUCAACAGUCACAAUUCAGGACCUUCCUCAGCUGACAGUGAGUUCUACAGUCAUCAGAGAGACAGAAUCAGUUCAGCUGAGUUGUGAGACUCCUCCAUCUCUGCCUGUGUCUCACUGUUACUUCAACAUAGAGGGGAGGAAGAAUCUUCCAGACUCAUCCUGUACUCAGACACUCACAGGAACAGAGCUGCUCAAGAGGUCUGGUCCAACAUUUCCAGCUGUGGUCAAAGUGACGUGUUACUACACUGUAUGGAGGUCUCACACAUCUCCUUUUAGUGACCCUGUCUCAGUCACUGUUCAGGAUCCAAAACCUGACAUUACAGUCGAAUUUGAUGAGGACUUCAACAUCAUCUGUUUGAUUCGUGGAUCAGUCAGUCCUGACACCACCUGUAACCUGUAUGUUGGAGAGGAGAGUCAGCCAUCCUUCACAGCACAGAUCAAGAAGAGAAAAGCAAUCUCAGCAUCCGGACAGCAGUUCUGUCAAUUCACUCCAAAACAUAGUGAUCUGAUCAGUCGUCUACAGUCAGUGAGGCGUAAGGAGGUGAGCUGUGACUACAGAGUGAGCUCAGGACCAAACUCUCUCUCUCCACGUAGUGAUGGACACAGCUUUGCACAUCUGGUGGGAGUUCACAUCAGUGAUCCAACAACUAUACAGACACCUUCUAUAGCAGGUAGGCUACACAUUUGUGCUUUUAAAGUGGCACUGCUUUUAUUUUUAUAGCAACACAAGUUUCAGCAAUAAGAAUAGUUGUGUUAAUGUCUGGGAUCAUCAGCACAAGUAUUAUAAUGUCUGUGCUCAUCUAGUAGUGUUUAGAUCGUAUCUAUACUCUGUUAGGCUUCAGCUGUUAGUUACAUGGGGACCUUAUUCUAGGAAGCUGAUAACAACAAUCAACACCUUAUCUGUCCUGAAAGACUUGAUCACCUUAUGAAUUGGUCUCAUCAUCUCUAUAAUGAGGAGAAAUAUAAUCUACCAGGGCAGGAAGCAACCUGUCCAUA